AUGAUCUCCAUAUCGGUCUUCGUGCAUUUAGCAUGGGUUCUUGUUGUCUACUGGAUCGCAUGGAUCGUGUAUGCCAGGAACUUUCACCCACUCCGGAACAUUCCAGGGCCAUGGCUUGCCUCGGUGAGCCGAGUGUGGUAUAUGAUCCAAAUGAUUCGUGGAGACAUGGAGAAAACCCAGAGACGACUGCACGAGCAAUAUGGACCGUUGAUCAGAAUCGCACCAAAUGAGCUUGCCUGUGCAGCGCCUGAAGCUAUCAAGACGAUAUACCGUACCCAAGGGGCCUUGAAUAAGACCGAUUUUUAUAUUCCAUGGAAUACUCAGAACUUCAGCAAGCACAAGGACAUGUUCACGACCCUGAAUGAUAAGACUCACGCUGAGAGGAGAAGAAUUUUCAACCAUGUGUACACUCUUUCUAAUAUACUCAAGUCAGAGAAGUAUAUCGAUAAGUGCUCGGAUUUGUUUCUGGAGCGUUUGACGGAGUAUGCGAAUGCCUCAAAGCCAAUGGAUCUGGGGAAGUGGUUACAGAUGUACGCCUUCGACGUGAUUGGCGAGCUAUACUUUGGUCGUAUGUUCGGUUUCAUGGAGAAUAGCCACGACCAUGAGUCAUGGAUUCAAUCCUUGGACCUCCUAAUGCCUUUCGUGGUCAUGACUGCAGUGGCGCCGACUUAUGUACGACAGUUGAUACUGAUGUCGGCUCUUGUCGUGCCAGGUUCUUUAAAAGCAUUGAAAGCGCUCGACACCAUCGGCAAAGCUUCCAGAGACUGUGUGGCCAAACGUUUCGCGAACAAAUCAGAAAGCACAGAAAAUCGUGCCGAUGUCCUCAAUCAAUUGUAUUCGAUCCAUCUCGAAAAAGGAGAAAAGGUCGACUUUGGUAUUGGCGAUAUCGAACAAGAAUCAUAUGUUGCUCUGUUUGCAGGAUCGGAUACCACCGCCAUAGGGUUCAGAUCAGUCUUCUAUCAUCUCAUGAAAAACCCCGAAGCAUAUGAUAGACUGCAACAAGAAGUCGACGAAGCGGCGGCUAAUGGUCAGCUCAGCUCACCAGUAGCAUAUGCAGAAGCCAAUCGACUUCCAUAUCUCUGUGCCUGCAUCAAGGAAGCUCUUCGCUUACAUCCUGGUGUUCAACUGACCAUGGCGCGUCUCACCCCAGCGGAGGGUCUCGAGGUUUGCGGUCAGUACAUCCCAGUAGGAUACCGAGUGGGCAUGAACCCGGCAGUAGUCCACUACGACAAGGCUGUGUUUGGGGAGGACGCGGAUGAUUUCAGACCUGCGCGUUGGCUGGAAGGCGAUGCGGCAGCGAUGGAAAAGGUUAUGUUGCAUUUCGGAGCUGGAACGCGAACUUGCAUUGGAAAAAAUAUCUCGCUUGCGGAACUGCACAAGCUGAUUCCGUAUGUGGUUCGAAAUUUCAGGAUUGAGAUGUGGGAGCCGGAAAAGACUUGGACGACAAGGAAUUUGUGGUUCUGCAAGCAGGAGGGACUUGACGUGCGUGUAAUAGCAAGAAAGAAAACUGGAUAG